AUGUCGGACCCUUCUACUUCACCCACUUUAUGUUAUCACCGAAACCUCUCUAUCUUUGAUCUGAUCAAAAAACCUCUAGGUAUGGACGGCGAUAUCAAGUGGUGGAUAGACAAAACCAUGAGCCCUCCAAGACUUUUAGCCUCGCGACUAGAACCAAGUACCCAAAGAAGACCAUCGAUGAAAGCGAUAGUGCAUCUAAUAUUAGAUGCUUCCGUGGUUUUUCUGGAACGCUCUGAUUCUGUUAUUUCAUGGGUAGAUCGUAACUUACCUCCAGCACCACUCUCAAGUAUGAUGAGUCGUUACCAUGCGGCUCUAAGCACUCUCAAGACGACUGAUCAGCAGUUGAAAAGUCUCAUGGAAAAAUCAACGUCGGGCGUUCCGAGUUCGGAAGAAGAAGAUCGCCAAUCAAUAGACUAUAGGGACGUACCUAUGAAUGUCCUGCUGAAGGUGGUGGAAGACUGCGAGAUUCCUGGUCAAACACUCGUGGAACUCGUGAAAAUGAUGGGGCGAACCUCUCUUCGGUACCUCUAG